AUGCCUAAGCCUGCAAACAUAACACUCAAGAUGCUCUACGGUACAGCCUGGAAGAAGGAACGAACAGCCAGUCUAGUCCAACAAGCUCUCCAAGCAGGCUUCCUCGCCAUCGACACAGCUGCCCAACCAAAGCACUACCAAGAACAUCUUGUCGGCAGCGCUGUUCGGUCAUUCCUAUCAACAAGCAAAUUCACUCGUCAAGAUUUAUAUCUGCAAACCAAGUUCACUUCGAUCAACGGCCAAGAUCGGAACAAUCUACCCUACGAACUAUCAACCAGCAUCACAGAGCAAGUUGAAGCUUCUGUCGCCUCUUCACUGCAUAAUCUACGACACAAUAAAAACUCAGAGGAAAGCUACAUUGAUUGCUUGGUCCUGCACAGCCCACUGCCAUCAAUAAAGCAAACGAUGGAAGCAUGGGACGCAAUGUCCUCCUUCGUACCCUCAAAAGUACACUCUCUGGGAAUCUCAAACACUUCACUCCCAAUUCUCCAGCACAUCUGGAGCAACAGCACUGUCAAACCAACAGUAGUUCAGAACAGAUUCUAUGCCGCAACCGGCUGGGAUAUCGCGCUCAGAGAGUUUUGCACAGACAAUGGCAUCGAGUAUCAGAGUUUCUGGACGCUGACGGGGAAUCCUGAUCUACUUGAUUGUCAGCUUGUUCAGAUGGCGGCUGAGCAAGUGGGUGUAAGUGCAGAAGUGGCGCUUUACUCUCUUGUUCAGGGACUUGGUAUUGCGCCUAUCAAUGGUACGACAUCUCAUAUCGAGAGCGAUGUGGCUGAGCUGUCAAAGUUGGAGCAGUGGAAAGCUCAAGGUCGUAACAUUGAGACUUGGGGCAAAUAUGUCAAGGCCAUGGAUGGGUUGCUCAAACAAUGGACUUACAGUCUGGAGCAUCGAGCGAGAUGA